AUGUGGAAGCCACUAGUCCCCUUUCUAGGGGUGCUGCUGCUGCUCUUACAGCCUGUCAUUGCCGAUACAAAUGAUCAGGCAGAUGCGCCAGUCAACCGAGGAUCAUUUGAAAACCCUGCUGCACGUCUCCGUCCUCGGUUCCGUUACUGGCUCCCUGAUGCCAGUGUUGAUGCCGAAAUCGUCAAAGAUAAUAUAAAAUCUGCCGGUGCGAUUGGUGCCGGGGGAGUGGAAUUCCUACCUUUUUAUAACUAUGGUGGAAGCCUAGGUGGCAAACCUGCUGAUGCAGAUUGGUCGAAGUAUGGAUUUGGAACUCCGUCGUACAACAAGCUGUUCUUGGCUGCGCUCAAGGCACACAAGGAGGCUGGGCUUGCGAUGGAUUUCGCCAUGGGACCAAACCAAGGACAGGGUGUUCCAGCUGAUCCGGAUGAUGAAGGUCUGAUGUGGGAUUUGCAAUCGUCGUCCGUCACCAUCCCAUCAAGUGGGCAUUUUGCUGGAGUCAUUCCUGGGUGGGGAUCUGGCGAGCUCGUUGCACUCGUAUCAGCUGAGGUCCUCGCAUCAAAGAACCACAGUCUUGCAUCAAGCGGUCCUUCCUUACUUGGAACACCCCAGACAUGGUACUUGGAGUUGACACUCAAGAAUAACAGCCUGACAGAUUGGACCGACAAAGUAUCGCCAAGUGGACAUAUCUCCCUUGAUCUUCCUUUGGCACAGUCAUCUUACAGGCUCUUCGCUUUCUAUCAGCUCCAGACAUACAGCAAAAACUUGGAGUACACAAACUCCGAGACCAAAGACAUCACUGGAAACGGAUCUUUUAUUGUUGAUCACUACAGUGCUCGUGGGGCCCAGACGAUUACCAAAUUCUGGGAGACACACCUUCUAGACAGUGAGACGUCAGAACUUUUGAAAGAGGUUGGCAACUACGGAUGGGAGGAUAGUAUUGAGAUUACAUCGAGCAUGGCUUGGACUCCCACUCUCCCAACUAUUUUCAAAUCCAAACAUGGGUACGAUUUGAAGACUUUCUUACCUCUGUUGAUGUACGGCGACAACAACAUAAACAUCCAAAGCACAAAGCCAGGCUACAUCCAAUGCCGACUCAAUACCCCUGACCAAGGACUUGGAUACAUCAACGAUUUCCGUGGUGCCUUGGUAGAAGGUUACCGAAGUUAUUUGAAGGAAAUCACCGGCUGGAUAAAUUCGAAACUCAGUCUUCAAAUGUCGGCACAAGUUUCGUACAAUCUCCCCAUGGACAUGGAAGCCAACAUUCCAUUUGUUAAUGCACCGGAAUGCGAAAGUCUCCAAUUUGGAAACAACGUCGAUGGCUACCGACAGUUUGCUGGACCAGCGCACAUCUCUGGGAAGCGUGUCAUCUCAAAUGAGAUGGGUGCCAUGAUGCUUGAGUCAUACAAUUACCCACACCCAGAGUUGCUCUUCUCCAUCAACCGUGCUGUGGUCGGAGGUGUUAACCAAGUCGUUCUACAUGGCCAGUCGUAUACUGGAAACUAUUACGGCACUACGUGGCCCGGCUAUACAGCGUUCAGCUAUCUUUUCUCAGACUCAUACUCUAACAAGCAGCCUUCUUGGGACCAUGGAUUUGGAGAUGUGCUGAACUAUAUUGCGCGAGUGCAAUACCUGCAACAGUCUGGCAUCCCCAGAACGGACAUUGCUAUCUAUAACAAGGUUUCUGGCACGAACCCGAAUUUCCCAACUCUAUAUUUCUCGGAUGAUUUGAUCAAUUCUGGCUAUUCGUAUUCCUACUUAUCCCCAGAUAACUUUGCACUCCCGGAGGCGACCAUCAAGAAUGGGAAACUGGGGCCUAAGGGACCUAAAUACAAAGCUCUCGUUAUCACGGGAAACAGCAAUCUCACCCUUGAAGGGGCACAGUAUCUUCGGAAGUACGCCCGGGCUGGAUUCCCCGUGAUCCUUAGUGGCGGCGACCCUGGUGUCUACGCGACCUAUGAUAGCAGAGACAAAGCAUCUGUCGAGAAGGCUAUCAUUGUGUUGAAGCAAUCAAAGAAUGUAUACAGUGUGGCUGCUGGCCAGGUUGCCAAGAAACUUCAUUCUCUUGGCCUGUCACCACGCGUCAGUGUGAAGACUAACGGGACUUGGUACACAACCUGGAGAGAGGAUACAGUGCACGGCAUGGAUCACGCAUUUGUCUUCUGUGACACUAAUGCAUCAACUGGUAGUGUCAGCAUACUCAGCACGAAGACGCCAUUCUUACUCGAUCCUUGGACGGGAGACAAAAAGCCCCUUCUCAACUACCAGCGCAAAGAUGACAGAGUGGUUAUUCCCCUCAGCCUCGCUGGCAACCAGACCGUAAUUAUCGCGUUCCAGGAUGAAAGUCGCCCCAAGGUCCAUGUCACUCAGACGUCCUCCGCGGUACUUGGCGGCGACUCAACGUCAAACGGCGACAUUGUGUUGCACAUUUCAGCCAGCACACAGCCCAAGCCUUUGAGUCUUUCGAAUGGAAAGCACAUCAAGGUUCCAACUGGAGUUGCCAGUGCUACCAAGCUAUCAAACUGGACCCUAACAGCAGAGCAUUGGGAAGCACCACAAAACAUGUCCGACGCAUCGAUCAUUGCCGACAAACACAAUACUACCCACCAUCUAAGCUCUCUGAUCUCUUGGGCACAAAUCGAAGGUCUCAAGAAUGCAUCAGGCCUUGGCUACUACAGCACAACCUUCUCCUGGCCUCCGCCCAAAAGCUCCGGUAAAGCAGACGGUGCUUACCUCGUCCUCCCACCCAUCAAACACGCAGCCCGGCUCUAUAUAAACGGGCUCCAAUUGCCGCCGCUUGAUCUCGCCGCUCCCCGUGCUGAUGUUGCGCCUUAUCUCCGCGUUGGCCAGAACCAAGUGACUGUCGUUGCUCCUACGACCAUGUGGAAUUAUAUUCGGACUAUCUUGGGCGACAUUAAGAAUUCUGAUACUGCGCCUUUGUUGAGUACCAUAUCGCCUACUCUUCCCCCGCGCAGUGAUAAUGGGCUUAUUGGGGAGGUGAAGUUGGUUCCAUAUAUCAAAUUGCGUCUGGAGUCAUAG